AUGGCCCUCCGUCCGGCGCUUGUCGCUGGCCUUCUCCUCGGCAAAUUCGCCGCCGCCUAUGUUAAAAAGCGAGAGGCCGGCGGCUCUGUCGCUGAGACCUCCUUCGUUGAGCGUGCCGUAGCAAUUGAGAAUGACUUUAAGGAUGCCCCUGAGCUCGAGGCUCGCGGGCCCAAGAAGGGGAAGGGAAAGAAGGGCAAGGGCAAAGGAAAGAAGGGUACUGGUAAGGGCAAGGGCAAGGGAAAGAAGAGAAAGGCCGACUGCGAAGAGUUGUUUUUCCAAGACCGCCACUUUAUCUACUGUGACUGCGGCGCCAAGAUUUCAUGGGUGCCUCCAUCCUCUGGCUACGGCAGGAAAUUUGGACACCCAUAA